UCCUUGCCAAUAUCACGUCGUUGAUUUUUCUAAUUACACGGCGAUUUCCCCCCACCGCAUGCGCUGUCACCGGCAGAGCUAACAUCGAUUCCCUCAACCACCGUCGGCGGCAACUUCAUCACGGCCUCCUUGAUCCUCUUGUAAUCGGUACAAUUCUAUUUCUUUGGUAAUGAAUAGACCCAAAGGAUACUAACUGCUGCUUUAACCUCAAAGUCAGCAUCUAUUACAUGAAAAAGGGCAUACAGGUCAACAAUGAAGCGUUUUGUUUAUAUUGAUGAUGAUGAUUUGUCAAACAAUAUUUACUGUGACAACCGGAUCUCAAACAGAAAAUAUACUGUAUGGAAUUUUCUUCCAAAGAACUUGUGGGAACAAUUCAGUCGCUUUAUGAACCAGUACUUUUUGUUGAUUGCUUGCCUUCAACUAUGGUCACUCAUCACUCCAGUAAAUCCUGCUAGUACAUGGGGCCCUCUCAUCUUUAUAUUUGCAGUCUCAGCAACAAAGGAGGCAUGGGAUGAUUACAACAGAUACCUUUCGGACAAGAAAGCUAACGAGAAAGAAGUUUGGGUUGUGCGGAAGGGCAUUAGAAAACAUAUUCAAGCCCAAGACGUUUGUGUUGGUAACAUUGUAUGGCUUCGUGAGAAUGAUGAAGUUCCCUGUGAUCUGGUCUUGAUUGGUACUUCUGAUCCACAAGGUCUUUGUUACGUGGAGACAGCUGCCCUUGAUGGUGAAACUGAUCUUAAGACAAGGGUGGUUGCUUCUGCUUGUAUGGGAAUAGAUUCUGAAUUAUUGCACAAAAUCAAGGGUGUGAUCGAGUGUCCCGUUCCAGAUAAAGACAUCAGAAGGUUUGAUGCAAACAUGAGAUUAUUUCCUCCAUUCUUGGACAAUGAUAUAUGCCCUUUGACCAUUAAAAAUACAAUUCUCCAAUCAUGCUAUUUGAGGAACACAGAAUGGGCAUGUGGUGUUGCUGUUUAUACAGGAAAUGAAACAAAGCUUGGCAUGAGUAGGGGCAUACCAGAACCAAAGCUUACAGCCAUGGAUGCCAUGAUUGACAAGUUGACGGGUGCAAUAUUUGUUUUUCAGAUAGUUGUUGUUAUUGUUCUGGGUAUUGCGGGGAAUGUCUGGAAAGAUACAGAAGCACGCAAGCUAUGGUAUGUCCAAUAUCCAAAUGAAGGUCCAUGGUACGAGUUACUGGUCAUCCCUCUUCGGUUUGAGCUUCUUUGUUCCAUCAUGAUUCCCAUUUCAAUAAAGGUAUCGUUGGAUCUUGUAAAAAGCUUAUAUGCCAAAUUUAUUGAUUGGGACAAUGAGAUGGUUGAUCCAGAAACUGGUACUCCAUCCCAUGCGACAAACACAGCAAUUAGUGAGGAUUUGGGGCAAGUGGAAUAUAUAUUGACUGAUAAAACUGGGACACUUACUGAAAACAAGAUGAUCUUUAAAAGAUGUUGUAUUAGUGGAACCUUUUAUGGCAAUGAGAAUGGAGAUUGUUUAAAGGAUCCUGAACUGCUUCAAGCUGUUGCCUCUGGUUCUCCAGAUGCUAUUCGGUUUCUUAUAGUCAUGGCAAUUUGUAACACUGUAGUUCCUGUACAAAGCAAAGCUGGAGCGGUUUCAUACAAGGCACAAUCUCAAGAUGAGGAAGCGCUUGUGCGUGCUGCUGCUCGGUUAAAUAUGGUCUUCCUUGAAAAGAAAGGGAAUAUUCUUGAUAUCAAUUUUAAUGCUUCACUGGUCCAGUAUGAGGUAUUGGAUACCCUAGAGUUCACUUCUGAGAGAAAAAGGAUGUCUGUGGUGGUCAGGGACUGUCAAAAUGGAAAUAUCAUACUUUUGUCAAAAGGAGCUGAUGAGGCUAUUCUGCCUCAUGCACAUGCUGGACAGCAAACACGGAUCUUUGCUGAAGCUGUGGAACAAUAUGCUCAGCUUGGUCUGCGAACAUUAUGUUUGGCAUGGCGUGAUUUAGAAGAAGAAGAAUAUCAUGAAUGGUCAUUAUUGUUUAAAGAGGCUAAUAGUUCAUUGGUCGAUAGAGAGUGGAGGGUAGCUGAAGUCUGCCAAAGAAUAGAGCAUGACUUUGAGAUUAUUGGAGUUGCGGCAAUUGAAGAUCGUCUACAGGAUGCUGUACCUGAAACAAUUGAGACACUCAGGAAGGCAGGAAUAAACUUUUGGAUGCUGACUGGCGACAAACAGAAUACAGCAAUACAAAUUGCACGGUCAUGUAAUUUUGUUUCUCCUGAACCUAAAGGUCAGCUUCUGCUGAUUAAUGGGAGAACUGAAGAUGAAGUAGGUCAAAGUCUGGAGAGAGUGCUUCUUACAAUGAGAAUAACAAAUGCAGAACCUAAGGAUGUUGCUUUUGUUGUGGAUGGUUGGGCUCUUGAGAUUGUACUUAAGCAUUAUCGGAAGGCAUUCACAGAACUUGCUAUAUUGUCAAGAACAGCUAUAUGUUGUCGUGUUACUCCAUCCCAAAAGGCACAGCUGGUAGAACUCCUAAAAUCGUGUGAAUAUCGGACACUGGCAAUAGGGGAUGGCGGAAAUGACGUGAGGAUGAUCCAACAAGCUGAUAUUGGUGUUGGUAUAAGUGGGAGAGAAGGACUGCAGGCAGCAAGAGCAGCUGAUUACAGUAUUGGAAGUGAGUUCUUGAAUACUCUUCUUCUUUUCUUACUUUAUAUUUUAGUUACAAACAUUGUAUUAGCUACUUCUUGGUUUACCUCACAUCUGUCCUCUGUUUUAAAAGAAUGUCAAGAAGAUGGAAUAGGUAGCAGCAAUAGGUGGCAGUGUAGUUUAAAUCUACUGGUGGUGGGCUCCUUUGCUGUGGCUUUCCUGUGUAAGACACACUUCAUGCAUGACAAGGCAGAAAAGUUGGCUGCUUUUAGAUGGCAGCAUCAGUGCAUGCAGCAAGACAAUGAAGAACAGGGAAAACAUCUAACAGACAAUUUGUACUUGGAAGUGCAUCUCCACAGCUAUGAUUACUCAUCCUGUACUGAUAUUAUCAUACAUACCAGCUUCUCAUUCAUUUCAGGUGUUUCUGGAACAAGCCUUUUCAAUUCUGUUAGUUUGAUGGCUUAUAAUGUUUUCUACACAAGUGUUCCUGUUCUAGUCAGUGUCCUUGACAAAGAUCUCAGUGAAAGAACAGUAAUGCAGCAUCCACAAAUACUGUUCUAUUGCCAAGCAGGAAGGCUUCUUAAUCCUAGCACAUUUGCUGGAUGGUUUGGCCGGUCUCUCUUUCACGCAAUUGUUGUCUUUGUCAUCACCAUACAUGCAUAUGCUUUUGAGAAAAGUGAGAUGGAAGAAGCAUCCAUGGUGGCACUUUCCGGAUGUAUUUGGUUGCAGGCAUUUGUUGUAGCACUGGAAACAAAUUCUUUCACAAUAUUGCAACACAUUGCCAUAUGGGGAAAUCUUGUUGCUUUUUAUGUCAUCAAUUGGAUUGUCAGUGCCUUCCCAUCCUCCGGCCUGUAUACAAUAAUGUUUCGCUUAUGUAGACAACCGUCAUACUGGAUUACUAUGUUUAUCAUUGUAGCAGCUGGCAUGGGUCCAGUGCUAGCUUUGAAGUACUUCAGGUAUACCUACAGAUCUAGUAAAAUUAACAUACUUCAGCAAGCCGAGCGUAUGGGAGGACCUAUAUUGUCCCUGGGUAAUAUAGAACCUCAACCGAGAUCUUUGGAUAAAGAUGUUUCACCUUUAUCAAUUUCUCAACCCAAGAACCGUACGUCAGUCUAUGAACCACUGCUCUCAGAUUCUCCUAGUGCUACAAGACGUUCUUUUGGACCUGGGGCUCCAUUUGAUUUCUUUCAGUCCCAAGCCCGAUUAUCUUCAAAUUAUACGAGAAACUGCAAGGACAACUAAUAUUAACAGUUCAUCUGGAAAGACAUGUGGAAUUAUGCAUAUCACAUGUAGAAAAUAUACUACACUGAGGACACUAACUGCUGAUCCGUUCUUUUCACCUGGCUAAUCUAUUUUCUAUAUUGCGCGUGUUAGAGUUGCAUCAAGCUGGCAAUAUCAUGCUCAGGGGUCACUGUAUUUUGGAAGCUUAUGCUGUAAAAAUCAGGACGGAUUACUGUUCCCAGGGUAUGAAGAUGCAAUAACCUAGCGCGAUAUUGAUUCUUGUUUAUUGGAGGAAACAGUGAACAUUUCACAGAUUCUGACACCCCAUUUUCAGGGUGAUAUUAAUUUACAUAAUCUACUCAAUUAGAGUGGAGUCAGAGAGAUCUAUCCAUCACAAAAAUAUACCCAGCAUCAUUUUCACAUAUUUAUUUCUUACGUGUUGAUGCUAUUGACUAGAUCUGUAAAAAUAUUAAGGACAGCGAUGGGCUGGGAACUUCGAUUUUAGAAACGAAGUUCCUGUACAUCAAUUGCAGUGAUGUUUAUAAGUCAGAUUGGAAAUGGUAAUGCUGACAUAAAGAUCUU